GUCAGAAGCAUGUUGACCAUGAAACACCCCAGACAGACAGCUCAUCUACGCCCACUGCCAGCACAGUGACAGUGGAUUUAUGCUGUGUGUCACUGUAAGCCAGCCAAACUAGCUGACACAGCACUUAUGAAUCCCCAAGUAAAGCCUCGGCCCAGAGAAGCUGCAGGAUGUUGCCAGUAAAAUCUAGAGGCCAGUUAAAAAUAACCUGUUUCUCUCUGAGGGAACGAAGCAGCAGCUACCCAGGGGCAUGGCGACACCAGAGGACAGAGUGAGCACCUGGAGCUGUAAGCAGGUGGCCCAAUGGCUGAAGGAGCAAGGUUUUGGGGAGUAUGUGGAGUUACUGUGCGCCAAGCACCGCCUGGACGGCCCCAGCCUGCUCUCUCUGACCGAGGCCGACCUGCGUCGGCCUCCACUGGGCCUCACCGUGCUGGGAGACAUCAAGAGGCUGACCAUAGCCCUCUGCCGGCUCCAGAGACAGAACCAGGCCCAGCUGGAGGAGUUGGGUCUCCGGCCUACAGACAGGCUCUCGCUGGACGCCGCAGGGGGCGAGUGGAGCCGUGAUGGAGCCGACAGGAGGUAUAACGGAGGUGAUCGCUUGUGUAACGGGACUGAGCUGAGGCUGAGGAGCGGUGACCGAUCUGGAUUCAGCUCAGGAGCUGCAGUAUUUCACACACACUCCAACGGGAGGUACAGGCAGCACCUGGCUGGCAGAUUGGACCCGGAGGUGUGGAAGACGAUCAUGAGCUCCAUGUAUGUGUUUUUAGUGUUUGGAUUCACAUCUUUUGUCAUGGUCAUCGUGCAUGAGCGUGUCCCUGACAUGAGGACGUACCCACCACUGCCUGAUAUAUUCCUGGACAGUGUUCCCAGAAUCCCAUGGGCUUUUGCGAUGGCUGAAGCCUGUGGCCUCAUCCUGUGUUACAUGUUUCUGUUGAUCCUGCUCCUCCACAAACACAGGUCCAUUCUCUUCAGACGGCUGUGUUCUUUGAUGGGAACUGUGUUUUUGCUUCGUUGCUGCACCAUGUUUGUCACCUCGCUCUCUGUGCCUGGGCAGCAUCUCAAGUGUGCCAGUAAGACGUACGGUGAUUCCUGGGGAAAGAUACAGAGGGCGCUGCUGAUCUGGAGUGGGUUUGGGAUGACUCUGACUGGCGUCCAAACGUGUGGAGACUACAUGUUCAGUGGACACACUGUUGUCAUCACAUUGCUCAACUUUUUUGUGACUGAAUACACUCCACGGACCUGGAAUCUGAUCCACACCAUCUCCUGGGUGUUAAACCUGUUUGGGAUUUUCUUCAUCUUGGCGGCUCACGAGCACUACUCCAUCGACGUGUUCAUCGCCUUCUACAUCACCACCCGCCUCUUCCUCUACUACCACACCUUAGCCAACACCCGUGCCUACCAGCACAGCCGGAGGGCGCGCAUUUGGUUCCCAAUGUUCUCCUUCUUUGAGUGCAAUGUGAACGGGCCCGUCCCCAACCAGUAUCACUGGCCCUUCAGCAAACCGGCCUUCAUGAAGAGUCUGAUUGGAUAGAAGAGUACGCUUCAAAGAUCAGCAGCUGCAACACGCAUGGACUGUAACACUAAAGCCUGAAUGAGAAACUUUUUACUUGAGAUGGGGCUUCUUAUCUUUGGAUGGUUUUAAGUUUAUUAUGUGGGAGUUUUUUCUCCCUCAUUUGUAUAAAUGAAGGAUUUUUAUUUCGUCAACUAAUCUCAUGCUUAAAGGAAUAGAUUUUUGAGAAAUAUGCUCAGUUGCUUUCUUGCUGAAAAUUAGAUGAGAAAGCAAAUAAGCUUCUUACCCAAAAUGUUGAACAAUUCCUUUAAAUUUAAUUGCACAAUGCUGACAGGUAAAACAAAGAAAUGUGGGUUAUUAUGGGGCCUACAUUAAGAGCUGCAGGUACGGAUACUUUUCUUGGAGAUUUAUUUGUCUUUGAUUUUAUCACUUUUAUCGUUCCACUUCGGGGAUGUUUAAGGUUCACUGGUUGUUUGGGUUGUUAGUCUCACUUAACAUCUACAGUAGAAACCUGAUCAGGCUUCACUCAGCUGUGAUGCAGGUUGAUACCGUAGUUGUCACUUUUUGUGUGUCAUCUUGGUGACAGUUUACACGUUGUUUUGCUGCAAAGUAGAUUUGACACCUGUUUGGUAACUACUACCAAAGGAGCAACUGCUUCUUUAGAAAACACUUCCUGUUCUCUACUGAAAGAGCUCUCUCUCAGUCACUGUUUUUCUUUUUAUUUACACUUUAUAAAGUGAACUCUACAGCUUUGUUGUAUUUGAUAAUGUCACCACUCAACCAAAUAUCUGAACAUUUAUUGCAAUGUUCAAUUUUUUAGCCUAAUUUUUCUUUAUCCUAAUUUGAUACUUUGUUUCUUUUUUUUAUAGAUUGUUAAUUAUGUGAGUAUAGAAAUGUAUGGAGAUGGAUUUUGUCAAAGUGUUAUUGUCCAGAGUUUUCCCUCUGUUGCACAGUACAAAGAAUGGCUUUUUGGAUAAUAAAUUUCAAAAAGUAUAUUGUUUACUACGUCAUGGUUGAUCCAAACUAAUAAUUGUUUACAAUUUGUGGCUUUAUUUGCAAUGCAAGUAAUCUAUCUCUGCCUUUUGGCUCAGCAAUAAAAGUUUACAGAUGAGGAAAACAGUGUUUAUAUUUUAGACUGUUUCCUUGGCUGCUUUUUAACUAAUGUUUUUCGUUUUGCAUUUGUUGAAUAAAAUCAAUUUUAAACAUUAUUAGAAA